CUUUCGAGCGGCAGCAGCACACCUGAACACCGACUAACUGCAGCUAAGGAGCUAAGACAGAAGAUGAUGGAGGAAAAGGGAAAAGAGAAUGGCAUUGCAGCCAUGGCAGCCUGUUACCAGAAAUUCGAUCCUGCUGCAUAUCUGCAAUACAACUACACUCCACCACGGGCAGAUUUUUCUAGAAAAGACAGCAUUGUGCCUUGGAAACUGGCCUGUCUACACAGAGCUUUUACUGAAGGGGAUGUGAGUGGUGAGCUCCUCGUGGACAUCGGCUCAGGCCCCACCCUCUACCAGGUGAUGAGUGGCUGUGAAGUUUUUAACAAACUGAUCCUGACAGAUUUCUUGGAGAUCAACCGACAGGAGCUGAGGCGCUGGCUCCGCGACGAGGGAGGAUGCACCCUAGACUGGACCCCUUACUUAGAGCACGCAUGCAAGCUGGAGGGCCGACGGCCCUCAGCUUGGCCAGAAAAAGCAAGCCGGAUGCGUCGUGUCAUCACAGAUAUCCUCCCUGUUGAUGUGCACUGCUCUCAGCCCAUCGCCGCUGAAAGCCUUCCUGUAGCUGGGGCCGACUGUCUGGUGUCCUGCUUCUGUCUAGAAAGCGUUAGCCCCGACCUCCCUACCUUCACCAGGGCAUUGGGUCAUAUUGGGAAGCUGCUACGUCCUGGUGGCCACCUUAUGCUAAUUGGUGCCCUUGGAGAGAGUUAUUAUUUUGGUGGUCCUGGGGUAAGAAUCCCUGUGGUACCCCUAAAUGAAGCCCAGGUCUUAGAUAGCUUAAAGGAAAGUGGUUAUACCCUGAUCAGGCUUGAAGUGUACACUCUGCCUCAAGAUAUGCAGGUUGGAGUUGAUGAUGUGACGGGGGUGUUUUUUGCAAAGGCAAAGAAGGAUUAAUUAAGGUAAUUGCAUGAAUGCAGCUACACUGUCAUGAUAUUAGUUAUCGGGCAAGUAUAGAUGAUUUGGAAGAUAUUUUAUAUUUACUUUUGCUGGCAUGAAAGUCUAAAUUUAAUCUUAAAUCAUUGUCACAAUUUUACCAUUAUAUCAGAAGGAAGAAAAUCCUCAACAGUCAAAGAAAAGAAAUGUUUUUGUUGUAUUUUUCUAAACCAGAAGAUAAUGAGAAUCAAUUUAGCUAUUAAAGAAGGAAUAAAAGAAUUAAAUAAGCUAAAUAUUUUUUAUGCCUCUCACUGAGGAUCAAUGGUUAAAGACUGACCCCUGCUGGUGAAAUAUUACUACUUCAUUUUUAAAAUUGUAAACCUUGACAGGAAGCUCACCCCACAAAGAUUUGAAUGAAGCCAUUUAGACGUGCUGUGUCAUUUAUUAACAAUGCUCUAUAGGCUAAAGUUUCUUCUAUCUGUCUGUACCAAUGUUACCCUUGUUAAAAUGAAAAAGUCAGUUCUGUUUUUCACAUAAAUAUGUUGCCUGUGUAUUUAGAUAUAGAGAAAGCUUACAUUUACAUUAAAAGCCUUUAAAAUAUAUAUUAAAAUCAAUGCAAAAAUAAAGGUGAUAUGUA